AUGAGAGUAGAGUGGAGCCGAGCGGAGGGAAUUGAAUUUGAUCGCCGCCGUGUUUGCGGACAUUACCAUCACAAAGAGAGAGAGAAGGAGCGCCACCACAGCACGCGUACGUACCAGACAGGCUGUGUGCUAAUUUGUACUCAGAUUUGCAUAGGCGUGGAAAUGCAAAACAUGCAAACGUUAAUUUAUUCUUGUUUCCACACCAAACUAAUGGCUUUACAAAGUGACCGGGCGGCGGGGCGCGGCGCGGGGCAGUGGUGGCGCCGAGGCCCGCUCUCGGCGCGGUGUGCGGAGCUGGCAGUGAGUCGCCGCGCGCCGAGCCGCGCUCAUUCCUCCUCACGCAGCUCCGCGCCUGUGCACACUAUGGUCCUGUCGGCGUGCGUCCGCGCAGACACGCGAACCUACUGCUCCGCCGCCUACCAAGAGUCCGGCGAGCUCAUCAAGUCGCCGUCGCCGCCGCCCAGCCACGAUGGUUCAGCGAGUGGCGAGGGCGAAAUCAGCGGCGACGAGCGGCCACCGUCGCCGCCGCGCGCGCCCUCGGUUCCUCUGCCACACCCCGCGCACCCUGCGCAUCCCUCGCAUCCCUCACACAAUGCCGCCAGUGCAGCGGCAGCCACUGCAGCUGUCUUCAACGCAGCGGGCGCCGGCAAUGCGCUCGCCCAGCUACAGCACCUCCUGCUCACUCAGCACGGUGCGCACUCACUACUGCUGCACACACAGGUUCAGCAGGCCGUGGCGCAGGCUGCAGCGCAACAGUUGCAGCAACUCCAAGCACGUGCUGGAGCUGUCCCUCCCUCGACGACAGAUGGUCGGUCACCUUCACCGCGGCGGACCCCGCCGGGUGCUGGUGCAUUCCUGACCCCGCAUACCCCGGGCUCAGGUCGUGCGCGCUCGCCAUUGCACACGCACUCGCACACACCACUUCACGCUCACGCACAUAAGCCGCGAGCGCUCGAGCCCACUGCCGAUGAUACUGCAGACCUUGAAGAGUUAGAACACUUCGCCAAGACAUUUAAACAGCGUCGCAUUAAGCUAGGAUUCACUCAGGGCGACGUGGGACUCGCGAUGGGCAAGCUGUACGGGAAUGAUUUCUCUCAGACGACCAUAUCGCGAUUCGAAGCGCUGAACCUGAGCUUUAAGAAUAUGUGCAAAUUGAAGCCACUGCUCCAAAAGUGGUUGGAGGAUGCGGACUCAUCCUUGGCAGGCGGCGGCGGUGGUGCGGGGGGUGGAGCGGCUCUCGGUGCAGGGCUAGCGGAGGCCGUAGGCCGACGCCGCAAGAAGCGUACCUCCAUCGAGUCCGGUGUGCGAGUCGCGCUGGAAAAGGCCUUCCUACACAAUCCUAAGCCAACGAGUGAAGAAAUUGCGGCUCUCGCUGAUGCUCUCUGCAUGGAGAAGGAGGUGGUGCGUGUCUGGUUUUGCAAUCGCCGCCAGAAAGAGAAACGGAUCAACCCGCCGGCGGGCGAGAGCGGUGCGGGCACCAUGGGCUCGGGCGUGCACCUGGGCGCGCACCACCCGCUGGCGCCGCACGCCCACGUGCUCCACGCCGCCGCGCUGCAGCCGCUGCAGCCGCUGCAGCCGCUGGCGCUGCUGGCGCGGGCGCCGCCGCGCGACUGA